CGUACAGCACACACACACACAUACAUACAAACACACACAUAAAUACACACACAAUGACUGAAGUGUUGAGGGUGAGCGAGUGGGCAUUGGUUGCAUCGCAGCUCGUGGAUGAAGCAGCACCUGCAGCCGAACACAUGGACGAUGUCAUCAUGCGGUUGGUCGUUGCCAGCCGCGCGUUCUUCAACCUCAUGCAGACGUGCCGCGAGCUGUACCACGACCUCCCAUGGGCCAUGCCAAAGUGGUGUCUGUCAGCCGUGUACCGUGGCAAAGGCGGCGUGAUUGCGCACUGGGUGGACACGUUCCAGCCAGGCCUCGCACAGGCACAAGCCAUUGAACCAGCUGCACUUGCCACAACAACCACAACAACUGCCACUCAGGCCACUGCAUCCUUAAGGCCAGCAAGAAACAGCACACAGUGCACAGGGAGCGCGGUGCCGCAAGGUGACAGCGGUUUGGGUGUUGUUGCCUGGACAGAAACCCGCUUCCUCGUACACGCCUGGCUCGGCGCGAUGUUCGACAGCAAGUGUGCGUUCCUGCGUGCCCAGCUGGCAGCACCUGCAUCGCUUGAGUUCUGGCGCAGCUUCGGUUCCUGUGGCCACAUGUAUUUUUCCGACCUGAGCUACCUCAAGCUCUGGGCAAGGGAAGAGGCUCAAGCCCGAGAGAAAUGCAAAAACGCAACAGCGACGCUGGACAAGGCCGGUGAAGUAUCGCAAGAACAGCGCCAACCACGAGUGCAGCCACGAUCCAAGGGAAGCAAACAAGCGGAGGAGAAGGUGGAGCAGCAGACGCACCAGCAUCCCAAACAGCCAACAGAUCAAGAAGAAGAAGAGGAAGACGACGACGAAGAAGAAGAAGAAGAAGAAGAAGAAGAAGAAGAAGAAGAAGAAGAAGAAGAAGAAGAAGAAGAAGAAGAAGAAGAAGACGAACAACAACAACAACAACAACAAGAUAUUCGGCACGAUGUCGCCCUCGUGCCGGAAGCUCCUGCUCGGCCAUCGGCACACAACCGUAAGCGGGAGGCAUCACCAGUACCGUUGUUGGCUCCAGCAAUGUUCUCCAUGACAGCAGUGCUGUCAAACCAGGACGACAUUGACUGCCUCCACCAGCUUCGUACCACGCUGCUCACCCAUGCACGAGGAAAGACCCUGCAUUUGACUGCCGACGUGACAACACCGCUGCUCACGGUGUGUAACGUCGAGCGCCUAAUCAUCGUCUCCUCCUCCAAGGUCUCAAUCGAGAGCCUCUAUCUCAACGAUGUCGACAUUGUGAUGUGGCACCCAAGUGCCGUGCAGCGCGCCAUUCAGGGAGACCUUCAGCGCGUGCGCCGCGUGACGCUGAAUACGCCCUUUGGCUUGCACGAUAUCGCUGCGCUUGCGGGCGUGCCAGAAGUUCACCUCUGCAGCAGCCCUCUGCUCCGACAGCAGCAUGUGUCCGAGGCAUCCGAGGCGAAUGUUGACACAGACAUCACCACCGACCUUUCCCCAUUGCUUGGUGCGAGCGAGCUUGAGAUUAGCGACUUGCCUGUGGCCCAUGAACGGUCAGUUUUUGAUGCAGCGCAACGCAUCACCCUCUCUUCCACAAAAGUGUCGACCACCACGCUUGCCAACGCCACCAGCGUCAAGCUGCUCAAUGUGACCGUGCUCCCAGGCCUGCUGCACCUUCCAAAGGCGACCGACAUACGCGUCAUCGAUUCUAACGUUAACGGAAUCACGUGCCCGGCCCGCAUCAAUCGCCUGUAUAUCCACAGUGAAGACAGCCGUGCCGUCGGGCCAAUACCUGCGUUUGAGCACGCCAAUUUGGUCCAUCUCAGUUUCCUGAGCGCGCUCCUGUCACGCUCGCAACUGGCUGACCUUGGCGGGCGGGCCGACGUGCUGGCGUUGGAGGACUGUGUCAAGGACAUCAGCGACCUGCAGGUCGUUCCAGACCACGUGUCCGUACAUGUGCGGGGCGUGAAUGUCGACGCACCAGCACCGCCAUGCGUGAAGAAACUGCAAUGCCGCCCACCCGCCGGCUUUCAAACGCGGUUCGUGGCGCACGUGCCGCGCCUAACAAUUGAUAGUGACCCCGGUGCUCCCCGCAUCCGCAAUCUCCAUCUGCUCUCCAAGCGCCAGCAGCUGUCGCUGCGUCUCUGUCCGUUUGACAAGGCACACAUCUCGGACUGCAAGCGGCUGCUCUUGUGGAGGUGUGUUGGUACCGCUGCCGUUGCCUCUGUCAGCUUUCUGGAGGUUGAGUCCGGUGUGGUUGCCUCAGAGGGAACUGGUGAUCACGACAACACCAAGCUCCACCUGACGCAUGUACGCGACGUGUCCACAUGUCGCCUGGAGCUGUGCCACAUCGAGGACUUUGCCUGCAUGCAGAACGUCCGGCGGCUCGUGCUGGGCAGGUGUACCUUUGACAGCGUCGACAACCUCCCGCCCGUGGACUCGCUUGUCGUGUGGGGAUGCACCAUGCGAGACGAGACGUGGAGUUGGCCAAAGGUGGUCUUGACCAACCGGUCCCCAGAGGAGAUGCGGCGCAUCCUGCUUGCAGGCAAAAGAAGCAUCAGUGUCUUUGACAGUGACGAUGAUGAUGACAACUGA